AUGGUGCGGUCUGAUACAGCGGGCUCUGAGCCACGGUGCGAGGCUAGGCACUGGGGACUCCAGCAGCAGAUCUGUGACCUUGCAACUGAGCUCACAAGACAGGCAUCUUGGUGGUGUGCAGCUCACAAAGACCUCCAGAAUCAGAUUGAUGCCUUGACAAGGCAGAACCAGGAGCUCCGUGAGGACCUGAGGGCUCUGAAGCAGGGCGUGGAGGGCGCCAAAACCCUCAGACCCUCGCCAGCCACGGCAGAGGCAUCCGUCACUCUGCCACCAUUCAUAAGGACAGAGAGUGUCAACUCAGAGAAAAUCACAGCGUGGGACCAGAGAGAGGAUACCCCUUCCGGAAGUCUUCAAAAUGAAAGUACAGCAGUCACUGGUAGGAACUUAGAAGAGAGGCUGUCUACUGAUGAAAAGGAGAUGAGCCCAUCUUUCAAAAUUCUAUGCAAAGUCAGUGAUAGAAAAUCACCAGAACCAACUACUGAUACCACGUUCCAGGAGACAGAGUCGGUGGCCCACCCAUGCUCCUCCAAUCCAGAGAACUCUGAAGGGGAGAAUCUGGCCCGCUCAGGAACUUCCCGGGAAGUUCCUGACACCAAGACUGAGGAUGAGACGGACACCAAGACUAAGGAUGAGACGCAGGAAAAGCAGCACCCGAGUGGCAAGGUGGAGCAGGUGCUCAGGGAUGGCUGGACAAUCACCACCCUCCCCAAUGGCACCGGGAAGGAGGUCAAUGCGGACAAGAAGACGACCCUCAUCAAGUUUUUCAACGGUGACAUGAAGAAGGUCAAGCCAGAUCAGAGAGUGCUGCCACCUCCUGAAGCCACAGAGCUGGGUGGAGCAGAUGCCCCUGGGCUUGAGAACCUCAUGGUGGGAGCUGUCACCACACUGUCAGCUGUGGUCUGGGGGCUGGCCUUGGUGCUCCCGCCCCAGCUGAGGUCUCAGACCGGUCUUGGCAUCAGGAACACCUGCCCCCACCUCAUCGCCUCCCUCUUUGUAACUAUCCCCAUCCCCCUUUCUCUCCUUCCUUGGAAACCAAAGGAAGACAUGACUGUUAGAUACUUCACAGUCAAGCGGCAGCUCACAAGAUUUGCUCAGACGACACACACGACCUAUACCGAUGGUGUGGAAAUCGUGCAGUUUCCCAACAAGUGGACCGAGGUAUUCUACCCUGAUGGCUCCAAGGAAACUGUGUUUCCAGAUGGAACAAUUAAACAGCUCAAGGAUGGGUGCGAGGAGACCGUGUUUCCUGACAGGACAACUGUCACCGUGAAAAGGAACGGUGAUAAAACCAUCAUGUUCAGCAACGGCAAGAGAAAAAUUCACACAGCCAAGUUCAAGAGGAGGGAAUUCCCCGAUGGCACCACCAAGACGUACUGCAAUGGCUGCCAGGAGACCAAGUACGCCUCUGGGAGGGUCAGGGUCAAAGAUGAGACAGGAACCAUCAUCCUGGACUGGAAGUAG